AUGACCGUCUACCUGUGGCUGGCGAUGGUCUCGUUGGUGGGGGCCAACAUCGCCAUCUACAAGAACGUCACCUACCCACAGAUGCCGGGCAUGGAGCCCAUGAGCUCGGACAAGAUGCCGCCCCACUUCACGGUGAUCGAAACGGUGUCGAGGACCCACAUUCAUAGGGAUAAGCGACAGGUGAUCGCGGGUCCGACCUACGAAUGGCAAAGCAACAAUAUACCCUUUCAGAUAUGGGGUGGGGAUGGUAAGCUGAAUUUGAUUUUUUGAGCUUAAAUUUGAUUUACAGUAAUCUACUUUACCCUGCCAUACCCUACCCUACCCUAUCCUACCCUACCCUACCCUACCCUACCCUACCCUAUCAUACCUUACCCACCCUACUGUAAUGUCCGCUACUCUACUCUGGCUUGCCCUGCCCUACCCUAUCAUACCUUACCCACCCUACUGUAAUGUCCGCUACUCUACUCUGGCUUGCCCUGCCCUAUCCUCCCUUACUCUUGCCUAUCUUGACUUGUUCUACUUUGCCCUGCCUUGCCCUACUUUAUCAUAUUCUACCCUGCUUUAUUUUGCUUACCUUUACCUUACCCUACCGUAGAUUAUAUUGUAAAAUACGCUUUCUUUCAACGCCAAAUUUUAGCCAACUUCCAAGCCCUGAUCAGACGAGGUAUUCGAAUGUGGGAAGACUCGACUUGUUUGAGGUUUCGCGAGAAUAUGCAAGCUCGUGACGCUAUUCGAUACGUACUGGAACGUGGUGACAGUUGCUUCACCGAAUUCAUUGGUCGCAAUGGUGGCUUUCAAGACAUUAUCAUUGGGUCUGAGUGUGCUGAGGUGAGUUCAUAUAUUAAUAUGACUAGGGUUGAGAUAAGCUUAUUAUAAAGUAUGGUUUGGGUAGGGUAGAGUAGAGUUGGGUAGAGUACGGCAACGUAGAAUAUUGUAGAAUCGGCUAAGAUAGGGCAGGGUAUUACAUGGUGAUCCCUCGAUGAAAUUUGAAGUAAAAUCCCAGCACUCGCAGCCAUUUGUUGGGUCGUUUUACAUCGAGGCAAGUAUUAUAAAAUUUAAAAAUAUUACAUAACAAAACGUUGCGUAAUACCAUUUCUUGCAAUUUCUCUAAGACUAUCUAGUUGUAUAACAUCAUAAAAUUAGGUAAUGACCUGUAAAUUUCAAUCUAUUUUUUUAUUGAUAACGCUUUUUGUAAAAUUUCUUGCGAUAUGGUUUGGCUAUACUUCUGUUGCACCGUGUAGUAGACCUAGCUAAUGACAAGAGUAUGGUAAGGCUAUGGUAGGAUGAGAAAGGGGUUAGUCUAGAGCUAAGACAGAAUUACCAAGAAGUUAGAAUAAUAAGGUUAAGGGUAGGGUAUGAGUAGGGUUAGCUUGGGUUUAGGCUUGAACUUGGAUUAGGGCUAAAAGCGUAGGCAGGCUUAGGAAUAGGCCUAGUGUCGCUAGGUGUUGAGCUCAAACCAAGAUUAGGCUCAGGGUUAAAGCUAGAAUUAAGCUAGGGCUCUGGGCUAGGGCUCUAGGCUAGGGCUCUCGGCUAUGGCUCUUAGCUACGGUUCUAGGCUAGGGCUCUCGGCUAUGGCUCUUAGCUACGGUUCUAGGCUAGGGCUCUGGGCUAGGGCUCUGGGCUAAGGCUAAAGCUAACGAUAGUCUUUUUUGAUACUAAAUAGUACGUCAUAUUUAACAGUAAAGUACUUUACUAGUAUUUUACUCUAUUCUUAAUAUACCCUAUCCUUUUACAACUCAUACUCUUUCAGGAAUACGUAGUAGCCCACGAAACUGGGCACGCCCUUGGCUUCUGGCACACUCAUCAACGUCCGGACCGAGAAAAGCACAUUAGCAUUAACUGGCGGAACGUUAUGGAAGAAGCCACAGCAUCGUUCAUGCCCUUCAGAAGUAUGCUACAAGCUUUUGGCAUCAGACAAGUGUCCAACCGACGACUACCGUACGACUACGGGUCGUUGAUGCACUAUCACGCUGUAGCUCACGCCGUCAAAGUGUCAGACUUUACCAUCGUUCCGAAAGAGUUGAAGUACGUCACGACAAUGGGUACGGAGAGAAUGGCAUUCUUGGAUGCAAAGGUCAUCAAUGACAUUUACUGUCCUAGUAAGUUUAAUAGCAAGAACUUUGUUUACAAAACAAAAAAAUAGCAAGUACUUUCUUUACAAAGCCCGGAAUUGCAAAAACUUUCUUUACAACGUGAUAAAACCUUCGAAACUACCUAAAACAAACAAUAUUUUGAAAACCGAUAAAAUUUUUGACACUUCGUCGAAAAAUCGAUAAUUUUUGUGACAUUUCGUUAAAUUUUUAAAGAAGUUGGUAUUUUGUCAAUAAAUCAAUAUUCCAAUUGAUUUUUUUUGCCUUUGGUAGCCAAACGAAAAAACUUUCUUUACAAAUUAAAAAAUUGCAAGAACUUUCUUUCCAAGACGAAAAAUGCCAAAAACUUUCUUUACAAGCUAAAAAAUGCCAUUUCAGACGUAUGUAACGGCCGUUCACAGCUCCGUUGCGCCUCCGGAGGCUAUCCCGACCCAAACAAUUGCAACGUCUGUAGAUGCCCUGAGGGUCUCGGUGGGCCAGAGUGCAAUCAACUACAGCCUUCACGUGAGUUCAACAUGGGAUUUUUAUACCUAUUUUUAUAAUUUUUGCAUACUCCACACUACCCUACCUUGCUCUGACCAACCCUACAAUACCCUACCCUACCCUACCCUACCCUACCCUACCCUACCCUGUCCUACCAACAAAAAAAAAUUUCCCCGCCCUCCUCUUUUAAAGAAGUCAAAAAGUCAUGUCGUUUCUCCACGUAUAUAUCAACGUAAAAUAACGACAAGACUUUUUUCUCACCCCUAAUAUUUUGCCGUUUCGUACUUACGCUUCCGUGCCCUACUUUGCCUUACCCUGCGCAACUAUACCCUACCCUACCCAACUUUCCUUUAGCCUACCCUAACAUUUCGAACUUCAUUUAAACUCUUUCAAAAAAAAAUUUUUUUAACAUGCAAAAACUUUGUUUACAGACAAUAUUUAUCAUACGUUUUCAACGCUAUUUUUUGUUAAAAUGAUAAUUUUGCAGCAAUUUUAAUCGAAUUUUAGCCUGCGGAACCGAACUUCUAGCCACCGACCAAUGGCAGACUCUGCGAAGUCCGCCGGGCAAAGAUGUGGAUUGUUAUUGGAGAAUUUCGGUAGGUUUAUAUCAAAAAAUUGGAUUUUAGGUAACAAAAUAGUGAUUUUUUGGUAUUUUAGGUAGAAAAAAUAAAAUAUUUUGAUAUUUUAGGUAACAAAAUAGUAUUUUUUGAUAUUUUAGGUAACAAAAUGAUAAUAUUUUGAUAGAUUGGGUAAUAAAAUGGUGAUAUUUGGUAUUUUAGGUAACAAAAAUGAAAUUUUUUGAAACUUUAGGUAACAAAAUGAUGAGAUUUUGAUAUUUUAAAUAAUAAAAAUAAAAUUUUUCAAAAUUUUAGUUAAUUUUUAUAUUUCAGGCACCAGAAGGCAGCAAAGUACGUUUCCGUUUGUCCGACGGUGAAUUCCCAUGCUCAUACGGUUGUCAAUCGUAUGUCGAGAUCAAACAUAAAUUGGAUGUCAGGUUAACUGGCUUCAGAAGGUAAGUUCAUUUGUUCUGUAAAGAAAUUUCUUGCCAUUUUUUGCUUAGUAAAGAAAGUUCUUGCCAUUUUUUGUUUUGUAAAGAGAUUUCUUGUCAUUUCUCGUUUUGUAAAGAAAGUUCUUGCCAUUUUUCAUCUUGUAAAGAAAGUUCUUGCUCUUGCCAUUUUUACUAAUCCACCCCAUUUCAGUUGCUGUUACCGGCCGAAAGAGGACACCCUCUCCGAGGGCAACCAAGUCUUCGUCAUCUACCACCCCAACGGCCGAACCGCCAGGUUUUCGCUCCGCUUUAUCCGCCAGCCUUAA